AUGGCCAAAACCGCUCUGGCUAGGGACCAAUUCGUCAAGCUCAUUGUUGGCGCGGGCCAGGCUAGUCCCAGUCCCCCCGUUGGUCCGGCUCUGGGUAGUAAGGGUGUGAAGAGUAUGGACUUUUGCAAGGAGUUCAAUGCCCGCACUUCUCACAUUACUGUCGGUGUCCCUAUUCCCGCGCGCGUCACUGUUCGCCCCGACCGAUCCUUCACCUUCGACCUCCGCACUCCUACCACCACCUACCUACUCCUGAACGCCGCCAAUGUUGAGCCUCGCAAGAACAGGUUGCGCGGCGCUAUGAACCCUGGCCAUGAGACCUGUGGUCAAAUCUCACUUAAGCAUGUCUAUGAGAUUGCCCAGAUCAAGCACACCGAAACCCGACUAUCAGGGUUGAGCUUGCAAGGGCUGUGCAAGAGUGUCAUGUCACAGGCCAAGUCCAUUGGAAUCCAGGUUGUGCCAUAG